CAUUUCAAGUAACCAGACCCAAAUCCCAUUCUCAGCACAAGCUACACCCUUCCACACCUGCAAUUAUAUAUAUACUAUAUUUAGUUGCCCAUAUACUAGCGGUAUCCUCCUCUUGAUCAGUAUACCUAGAUUCAAAGUCGCGACUCAUACCAUUCCCUGUACUAGCUUCGCUCGUCUUCUGACACUAGUGUGCCUGGCUAUUCAAACAUGGCGCCAGCUCGAUCUGACGAAGCGGCUCAGGGCUCUGUCGGGACCGGGUCCAACCAAGCACUAGUAGAACCCGCUAAGUAUGCCAGCAACCGAGUCACUCGCUGGACUCAUGAUACAGCUGCACCAGUCCGCGUCACCAUGGCGUUGCUACCAUUUUCGCAACCUGGUGUACCAUCCCGAAGAGACCACACAGAGCUACUUCACUCUAUCGACAAUCUCUUCGGCGACGCAGUAGCAUCCACGACAACUGGAUCAGGUUCCGGCCAUAAUGACUCAAGUGAUGAGCGGAGCUCGAUCGAGGAAAUGCUUAGAGGUAUUGGAGGUCGCUUCGACAGGGCUCAGUCGUCAUCGGGAGGGUCGUCGGCGACAGCGGGGCGACAGUGAGGGCGCGGAGGAUUUUAGUAUGGAGGGUUCUAUGCAGCCCGAAAAGGUAAGCUAUCGCAUUUCGUUAAUCUACCUUACCACUUUGGUCCACUAUGUUGGAACUCGAAGUUUGUUUGCUUUUUGCUUGACUCAACAGCUAAUUACUUAGUAAGGAAGGUGGUGAAAUGGGGCAGAAUAUCCCAGGGUUACGCCAAGCUUGC